AUGUCAUCUUCUAAUUAUCCAACAUUAUCGAUAUCAGUUCCUUUAUAUCAUAUGUUACUUAAAAUGCUUAAAGAAACCCAGCAAAUGAACAAUAUACCGCAAUGUCUCAUGCAAGGAUGUGAAGCCGCAACUUCUAAACUUUUGAAUUAUUGUCAUAAGACAAAUAUAUUUCAUCUUGCAGCGAUAGUACUAGACCCAAGACUUAAAUUUAACUAUUUUGAAGAGCUUGGAUGGUCGUUAAUACUUAUUUCUCAAAUUAAAAAAAUAAUUAGAGAUAAGUAUGAAAGCCAAUACAUAUCUGUUUCCAGUCAAGAUAUAGAAGAUUCAAUUGCUGAACCAUUUGCAACAAAUAUAAUAUCACGAAUCUAUAAAAGAGCACAUGUUGAACGGCAAAGUGAACUAGAUACAUACUCUAUGAUGCCACGUGCAGAUCCACAAAUAGAUGUUCUAGAAUGGUGGCGAGUGAAUGAAGCUUGUUAUUCUAAUCUUGCAAAAUUUGCUAGGAAUUGUCUUGCUAUACCAGCUACAAGCAUUCCAAGCAAACAAAUAUUCAGUGUUAGUGGAGAUAUGAUAACAGAUAAACGAAAUAAAUUAGCUGAAAAAACAGUUUGA